AUGAUCUACGAAAAUGGCGAUUUUGAAGCUGACCUUCAGCUUCUUGAAUCAAUACAAAAACACUUGCUUGAUGACUCUCAAACUCCGAUAAGAUUCUCCGGUGAAAAUUAUUCAGAUGACAUGUUUCUGUAUGGUGGAGGCAAUGAUGCUGCAAGUGUAGGGUGGUUUCCAGCUAUCUCCACCACUUCUACGGCGGUGCCAGCCGAAAGGGUUGGGGAGAUGAAUAUGGAGAGGGUGGAGCCGUCGACGGAGGUGCCUAGGGUGAAGAAUUAUAGAGGUGUUAGGAGGCGGCCGUGGGGAAAAUUUGCAGCGGAGAUAAGGGACCCGUCAAAAAAUGGGUCCCGAGUAUGGCUAGGUACAUAUGAGACGGCGGAGGAUGCUGCAUUGGCCUAUGACAGGGCAGCGUAUCGUAUUCGUGGUUCGCGUGCAUUGCUGAACUUUCCGCAUAGGAUAAAUUCUGGCGAGCCGGAGCCCAUCCGUGUUACAUUGAAGAGGACUUCAAUGUCGCCGGAUCAGAUUUCGUAUUCCAGUUCAUCGGAAAAUAGGGCACCUAAGAAGCGGAAGAAGGUGGUUGCGCCACCGGUGGUGCAAAAUGGGUGCUGA